CGAUCGCAGUCCCUUUCUGAAAGGAAAAAAUAUAUUCCAGUAGAUAACCCAACGCCCCGCCGCCAACGGACGAUAUUCGUAUUGUGACAAUUACAGUUUAAAAAACCGUACACCGUUGUAAACAUCACCGCUGCAACUAUGAUGAUGGACUCGGAUUCUCCGUACAAGCCCAACGGCGAUUACCUCAUGUCACCUUACAGUUGGCACACGCCUCAAGACUUGCAAUUUACCAACUUGCCCAAUACCUACCCUUACGACUACGGUAUAGUGGUCAAGUCGGAGUACGAUGAAUGUAGCGGCGGCGGUAGUUCACCCGGUCAGGAACCCGACUCUGUAGAAACAAAAAAAGGUAGAAAACGAACUUCGCGGUCAAAAGAGUUCCAAGCACCAAACAAAUCAAGAAGGCGGUCGCCUCAGACACCAGAAGAGAUGCAGAGUCAACGGGUUAUGGCUAACGUACGAGAACGGCAACGAACACAAAGUCUUAACGAAGCCUUCGCGUCACUUCGGAAAAUCAUACCAACUCUUCCCUCUGACAAACUGUCAAAAAUCCAGACACUUAAGUUAGCAACACGAUAUAUUGACUUCCUAUACCAAGUAUUGCACAAAGCCAAUUCAGACGACAUUGCAAUGCCUGGCAUACACACAGAUUCAGAUUCUCAACAUUCAAUCGAACAAGGGUCCACUGGAGCAGGUUCGUGUAGCUAUGUGGCUCACGAACAGCUUAGUUAUGCGUUCAGUGUUUGGAGAAUGGAAGGAGAAUGGAACAAUGUGAAUCAAGAAUAAUUAUUAUUGUGCGAAUUUUUGUUGAAUGAAGCGUUUGAUCAUCGUCAAGUAUUGUUUUGAAACUAAGUAUUUCCAUUUACGUAUAUUUAUUACUAUUAUAUAUAAUUAUAUUGUAUCGAUAUAUAUAUAUAUACAUAUAUUUUUUUACAUUAAGUUAAUUUUUUUUGUACCGAUUUUAAGUUAUUAGUUAAU